AAAGUAAACAGUGUUCGUAAAAAAAAUGCACGAAUUUUAAAAUUAGACCUGCUAGAGUUGUUUAUCCGAUCAUAGAGUAAAGACAGAGAUGGACACUACACACACAAAAAAGGGUAAGGAAAGUGAGGCGAAGAUGUUACAACAAGGAGAAGGAAACACCAGUAUUGAGAUGAUUAAAGAGAGGAUGAAACAAAAGAGGAGAAAGAAAGCAUUGAAUGAUAGCAAUACAUCCUGGUCUCGGUCACGUUCAAAGAAAAAAGGGGGAACUAAUGCAUCAUUUCUGUUAAAGUCUAGCCUACACUCCAACAACCAAGCACUGGCUAAAGCUUUGUCUACAUCUAAGCAUGAAGUACAUCAAGCUAAUCAGAUAAUACUAGACUACCAGAAAGAGCGUCAGUACCUCAUACAACAAGCAAAUAUGAGGAGGCCCUCAGAGAAAGAAUGUCUUAAUCGCUUCCAUAACAUCAAGUUGGUAUUAACCAAAGUGACUACUAGCCUCGGUGAUGCUGUGACCUCUCUAAGUCAAGCUCUUGACCUCUGUUCAUCUUUACUGAUACGAGAGAGCAGUUUGGGUAUCGGUCGAUGCUCAAUCACAUCGGAUGAUGACUCCUUCAAUAUUUUGCCUAAAACUGACAAUGGAUUAACCUUGUGCCGGAAGGCUGAUAUAAUGUCUAAGGUGAUUGAAAGCACAUCGUCAGAUUUGAUGCAAGCAGUGGAUUCUAUGGCAGUAGCUACCAACCACUUGAAGACACAAUCUCAUGACGUGAAUGAAACAUCUCAUCUUGAUCUUGAAGUCACCAUGACAGAACAUGAUGAUGUACAGUUAAUGUUCACUGAUGAACCUUGGCUUAAAGAUGUCGAUGGGAGUGAAUCACCACCCUAUAAACCCCCCAUGAAACGAUCACGGACUGCAACUCUCUUAGAUCCUGUUGCUAUUAAGAAAGCACUGACUGAACCAACAAUCCAUGAUGAAGGCAGCAAUGAACAUGUGAAUCAACCAAACCAACCACAGACUGCAGAGCCAAGUUUGAAUCCACCAAACCUACCAAAGGCUGCAACACAAAGUCCUGCCACUCAGAAACAAGCAUCAAAGAACGAGCAGUCUUCUGUGAGGUCAUCCGAGGCAACCCCUGUCGAAUCUAAGCAGAUAAUAACUGAAGAUACCGAAGUCAAUAAACUGUUUCAGCCAAUCAUUCCAAAUAAAGAUAGAUAUGUGUUUGUCCAUUCCCCAUGUAAAGUAACCAACAAUUCUGCCGUUGACAUGGAAUUGACGGACUGCGCAGCCAAUAGUGCCGUGUCCUCACCACGAGAUGAUCAAAGUAAAACCCAAGACAACAGAUCUUUCAUUAAUCAUGACGAUCGGGUAAUCAGACCCUGGGGAAAUAUACAACUAGAUGACCCAUCCGUCAAUACAAAAACAACAAUCACAAAAUCAAGUAUGAAGACAACAGAGAGCAGCUCAAAGAACAAGCCACCAAAAGCAAAGAAGGGAUCCAAAAAUAAAAGUAGUUCGUCACAAUCCUCAAAGCAAAUGAAGAAAGACGCAAAGAAAGCCUUCGCUAAAUCCAAGAAGAAGACAAGUUGGAUGUCCGACUCUUUUAAGAAUGACUUGGCUGUGUUUGAUCUCUCUGCUGGAGAUAGUUUCUCUCUUCCACCUCCACAACUUCAGCAGAUGACGUCAAAACUUUGCGACACAAUUAUUGCUUCUAAAAAGGAACAAUGUGUGAAAGAGCCAUUAUCUAAUGAGGUGCUAUUACUGAAAGACAGCGAUUCUAAAAAGGCAAAGAUCUUUCCAGAUAAUGAAGUUAAAUCUAAAGAUGAAAAGGAAGCUACAGAAGCUCAUUCAAUCACUUCUACCGAUCCCAUCCAUCAUGUUCACUCGGAGCCUAAAGUAAAAACAAGUAAACUCCAACGUAAGUCUAAGAAGGCAAAGUCUGUAGUGACUCCAUGUGUUGAUCAAGCAGCUCAGGCUCGUAGUAGAGCAAAACUUACUGCUAUUACUUCACCUGUAGAGAAUGAAGAACUGGAUAUCUUUGAUGGAACCUAUCAGUUUGAUCAACCUCAUACCGAAACAACAGCUGCCCUGAAGAAACAUUCAGGAAGUAGUCAAGAUCCCGGCAAGACGAAACCUGAGAAUCAUCUCUCAACCAAAGAUAAGCACAAAACCAAGACAGGAAACAAUAAAAUUACCAUACAGAAGGAUUCUGUUCAACCAGUAUCAAGCAAAGAUUCAUCCUCGUCACAGAUACCAUUGCCUUCUCUUACCAAAGACCACUCAAAACCAUCAAAGACAAAGCUCAUCAUCCCAAGCGAUGAAGGUCACGAUCCAUCUGACCUCCAAGAUGACCUAGGUAAAGGUCAAUCAGUUAGGGUCAAAGGUGACUUGAAGAAAUCCAGUCAUAAAGCCUCUCGUAAUGCAGCAUUACAGCAACCAUCAGUCACAGUAUGUCUUGAUGAUGUAUCUCAUCAAUCAGCGAGAGGAAUGAAGAGAUCUGUCGACGAGGAGAAUAAGAUAGAGGUCGAUGUUGAAGAAAAUAAGAUGAAGAUUGAUUAUGAGGAGACGGGAAGAAAAUCUAGAAGAACAGCUCCGGUUUGCUACAAAGAGCCUUCAUUACAUACUAAAAUGCGCCAACAACAUUCACCUGACAAGGCUAAGAAAAAGAAAGUUACCAAGAAGGGACAGGGAAUCAAACGUACAGCACUUGGUACUGUCACUAAUGUGAUGUAGAGAUCUACCCCACUGUAGUGUGAUGUAACGCCAAGUCAAGCAAGCUAUCAACUCAAGCUGAGUACUGGUAACAUCAUGUAUAACGUUACCUCAUACCUAUUGAUGACCGAUAGUCAAAUUUUCACAUCAUGUGCUAGUUGCUAUCUUUGCCGUUAACCAAGCACGCGCACGAGUAAUCACGCAUUAAGUGAAUACCCAGAUCAACUAGACCGUCACCUGGACAGCCCAUUCUGCACUUUAUGAUUAUGGAAUUGUUCCCUGUGGUAUGCAGGCGGAACAUCGCUGUAGCGACAUCCAACACAUGACCAAACUAUCUGGGUGCGUUUUAUUUAACAGUCAUCAUUUCCCCUUGUUCCGAAUAAUAUUGUACCAGUAACUGAAUAUGUAUGAUGUAUAGUCUUGCUUUAUUUUGGUUUGUUUUGGUUGAACAGUCAAUAAUUAGCUCCCCUCGGUAUUUGAAAGUAACGAACUAGUUCCCUCUGGGAAUUGUGUUAAAGGCAGUGGACACUAUUGGUAAUUGUCAAAGACAAGCCUUCACAGUUGGUGUAUC